AAUGGUUUGUGUAAGUAAAUGCAGAUUUUUAAUCCUAAUUUAAUAUUUGCUGAACCCCAGACAGGUGUGCAGAAUGGUUCAAAGGACAGAAUGGCAUAAUCCUAAUACAUGGAUCUUUGAACUCUAAUGGACAGACAAGGGCAGAAAAGCUUGGAGGGUCCAUUGGGAAGAAAUGAGGACCUGGUACUUUUUGGCAACAAGGGGAUGAAGGGAGUUGAACAGGAAGGAAAAUAAGAGGCUGCUAUAAUUGCAUGAAAAAUAAAAACAAAAAUGGCAGGAAAGAGAGAAAAACAGAGAGUCUGAGAAGGGUUAGGCAGACAAAGGCAGUAAGGCAACAAAAAGAAUCAAUGGAAAGUCAGGAGACUGCAUAUAAGAGAAAGAACAUGAGUAACUAUUGCGGAAGGAGGCAGCUCCUGGAGACAUUCCUCUAUUAACUCACUCCACAAACUUUUUAAACAUCAUCUAUGAGGCAGGCUCAUAUCAUACUGGCACUGGGGAGAGUACCAUGUAGGGAAAUAAUGAUACGAACUUUUCUAUGCAGGGCAAAUGGGACUGACAAGGAUCCAGCAUCAUCAAAUGGGCCACUGGGCUGGGUUAUGUCAUCACAGGAAGAGUUCGUGGUCCAUCUCCUUUUGUGCUCUUCAGAUUUCAUCUGUCCAUUUCAGGACACCUCUUCCUUUCUCACUUUUAUCACUAUCACCAUUUUACCUAGAGACUCAAACUUACUCAGUGAUGAAAAAUACAACUGUGUUGACUGGGUUCAUCCUGCUGGGUCUAACCGAUGUCCCUGAACUCCAGGUGAUGGCCUUCACCUUUCUGUUCCUGGCCUAUUUACUCAGCAUCAUUGGAAAUAUGACGAUCCUCCUUCUCACCUUGCUGGACUCCCACCUUCAAACUCCCAUGUAUUUCUUUCUCCGGAACUUCUCCUUCUUAGAAAUUUCCUUCACAAACAUCUUCAUUCCCAGGGUUCUGAUCAGCAUCACAACAGGGAAUAAGAGCAUCAGCUUUGCUGGCUGCUUCGCUCAGUACUUCUUUGCCAUAUUCCUUGGGUCAACAGAGUUUUAUCUUCUGGCUGCCAUGUCCUAUGACCGCUAUGUGGCCAUAUGCAAACCCCUGCAUUACAUGACCACCAUGAGCAACAGAAUCUGUACCCAACUGGUUCUCUGCUCUUGGCUGGCUGGGUUAAUGGUUACUAUACCCAUGACUCUGAUGAGUCAGCAGGACUUUUGUGCAUCCAACAAACUUAACCAUUAUUUCUGUGACUAUGAGCCCCUUCGGAAACUCUCCUGUUCAGACACAAGCCUCAUAGAGAAAGUUGUCUUUCUUGUGGCAUCAGUGACACUGGGGGUCACUCUGAUGCUAGUGAUUCUCUCCUACACAUUCAUCAUCAGGACUGUUCUGAAGCUCCCCUCUGCCCAGCAAAGGACAAAAGCCUUUUCUACUUGCUCUUCCCACCUGAUUGUCAUCUCUCUCUCUUAUGGAAGCUGCUUCUUCGUUUAUGUGAAGCCCACAGCAAAAGAUUUGGACACAUUCAAUAAGGGGGUAGCUCUACUCACUACUUCAGCUGCACCUUUGUUAAACCCCUUCGUUUACACCUUAAGGAACCGACAGGUAAAACAAGCCUUCAAGGAUGCAGUCAGGAAGCUUGUGAAUCUUUAGAGAAUUUCAUGAUGCAAGGCUUAAUGGAUGAGUUUUUACUAGGUACCAGACUCUCUGCCAGUUACAAGGUAUCCAAUAAAGAGUUAAC